GGGAUGCUGGGAGGAGAGUUUGUCGAUGAGGUUGCCGUGCGGCCAUGUUGGUUAGCGAGUAGCCGGUGGAUAGAUGUCUGUGAGUGUGUACGUGUGAACGGCGGCGACGGCAGCCUCUUCCGAAUCUGCCGAGUGUGGACCGCGUCGAGUGGAGCGCCUCUACCUGCCUGAGAGACGACGAUAUACCAGCACGCCGCCGAUCAUCUUUGACUCUGUAGUUCCUGACCUCAUUCGACACUUCCGCAAAUGUGCCAUACAGCAAGCUACUGUGAUAGUAACGAGGACUGGACUGGCAAGUGUGCCUAGCUUAUACUCAUUAACCGCAUUUUAUCAAAUCAAUUUAUCCAUACAAACUGGAACAAAUAUGUCAACGUGUACCGAACCGGACAACACCACAACUCUUCACAUUCAGGAAGCUCUGUCACCGGUGCAGGAGGGUCCCGUCUCGCCGGCCUCCUCGUCGCUGAGCAAUCCCACGCAGUCGGACCCGUCGGAACAGGUGUUGCUUGCUACGAUGCAACCCGUGAACGUGCUCGACCUCCACGAACCAAUGCACUCCAAGUAUCAUCAUCACCAUCACCACCACCACCAUCACCAUCACCCCAAGUACAAUCAUCACCUGCACAACAAUCACUUGCAGUCGUCGGACACCGAGGUUAGCUCAGCUCCCGAUCAGCAGGCACAGACUGAUCCCGAGGAUGACCCUCGGGUUAGUCCAGGGUCUGGCGUAGGUGAGCACAAGAUGAUCGAUCUGAUCUACAACGACGGCCAAAAAACUGUCAUGUACACCCACGACAAAGAGAUCAUUUACGAGAGUGAAGCCGAUCGCGUGCAAGUGGUGGAGUAUCCGCCGCCUCCGCCAUCGCCACCAACUCCGUCACCACCCUCGGUGAGAAAUGGGACCCCGACGGCGACAAAUAUGAUUCCCGUGAAUUGUGUGUCUCGAGGUGGGCCAGCAACGGCUCUGCACCUCCACUAUCCGCAACUGCAGCUGCAGCAUGAUCAAGAUCUGCCGAGAGCCUUAGCCAACGGCACGACGGUAUCGGUGGCGGCGGCUGGCGCGGCCACGACGACUACUGUGCUGGUGUUGUCGGAGCUGGUGGCCGCCGAGCCGCCACAGCCUCAGCUGCCACUGAGCACUGCCGUAGCCUCCCUGCGAGCCGGAAGGCGUGGCCGAAGCGACAACGAUCCUGGAGUCGAGGACGGGCCGACCAGCUACGCCCGUUCCGAGGACAACGACGACGAUUCGACCGGUACUCAGCAGCAGCAGCAGCAGCAGCAGCAUCAACAGCAGCAACAGCAGCAGCAGCAGCAGCAGCAGCAGCAGCAGCAGCAGCAGCAGCAGCAGCAACAACAACAGCAGCUUGGCGAAGCUGGUGAGCCUCAAGCAACGGGUAACGGUGAAAGUGGUGGCGGAGAAGCGACAGCAGAGGUGAGCAACGACCCAGAGGUGCAGAAAAGGGUCGCCGCGGUGCAGGUGCAGGUGCAGGGCAUGGAGGGCGACUGGCGAACUUACUGCGAGCAUCCGCUGUCGGUCGCCACCGCGGCCAUGCUCAAUUUGCAACAGCAGCACCAGGUCACCGCGGUUAGUGGCCAUCCGGCCGACGAUCCUGCAGCUAGUUACGUCUACGAGUAUUACAGUACUAAAUUGCCUGAUAAGCCGAGCGACGUCAAAUUACCACCUACACACGAGAUAUGGUCUACGGGAGUGAUGGGCCAAAAGCUGCUCGUGCAAGAGGGAACGCCGAGCGGCGCCACGGCUAGACUCGAGACGGGUGCAGAAAGUUCCAGCGAGCUGCACCAUUUUCUCCACCAGUACAAUCAACAAUCGCAUAGCCCUGGACAAGGCUUGCAAGGUGGACUUCCAUUGCCAUUGAGUCCGCAAUCGCAGCAGGCUGCAAUCGCUGGCGUUAAGCGAGAACCAGAAGAUUUGAGUUCAUCGAGGGGUGGACAACAGCCGACAGCCAAGAGGCACAAACAGAACCAGCCAGACAGCCCCACGCCACCGGGCAUGUAUCACCAUCAUCAGCAUCAGCUACAGUACGGCAGCCCAUACGACCCGUACGGCGCGUGCAGCCCUCGACUACAGACCUCCUAUACCUCGGGUUCAUCGAACAACGGCAGCAGUGGCUCGAACGGCUCGGCUGCGGGAUUGCAUCAAGAGAGCACGGCAGUUUAUGUCACGGGCGAUGCGUUGGCGCCUCUAGUCUCGUCGGGCUCGACGUCUCUUCCUACAUCGACGGCAUCGUACACGAGGUACGAGGUGGUUCCAAGUUCGUACGCGACCACACAUGCCAUCCGCUCAUCGUCGAGUAGCAGCAAAGUGCUCACCGUUGACUUGCCAAGCCCCGACUCGGGAAUCGGCGCCGACGCGGUUACGCCAAGACAGGAUCAUCACCAGCCUGCCGCCUUGCACCAGUCGUCAUUUGAUUACACGGAGCUAUGUUCGGGGGGUGGCACGGGUCCCACAGCAGCAGUAGUCCUUGAAAGUGGAGCCGUGAUUCACCAGCCUCUUCAACUGCAACUUCAACAAGGACACACGCAAACAAGCCAGGUGCAACGGACAACUACUGCUGGAACCUUAGUGUCAUCAGGAGCAACCACGCCAAAUUCCACUUCAACCCCGCCCAGAUCGAGACCCUGGCAUGACUUUGGCCGCCAAAACGAUGCCGACAAAAUUCAGAUACCAAAACUCUACUCGGCAUAUGGAUUCAAAUACCACCUGGAGUCACCAAUCAGUACUUCGCAGCGUCGAGAAGACGAUAGGAUAACCUACAUUAACAAGGGCCAAUUUUACGGCAUCACAUUGGACUAUGUACCGGACCCGGACAAGCCUCUACUCAAAACGGGACAGACCGUCAAGAGCGUGAUUAUGCUGAUGUUUCGCGAGGAGAAAAGUCCGGAAGACGAGAUCAAGGCGUGGCAGUUCUGGCACGGCAGGCAGCACUCUGUCAAACAGCGUAUCCUCGACGCAGACACAAAAAACAGCGUGGGCCUUGUAGGUUGCAUAGAAGAAGUGGCACAUAAUGCCAUUGCCGUUUACUGGAAUCCACUUGAGUCGUCGGCUAAGAUCAAUGUGGCCGUACAAUGUCUCAGCACUGACUUUUCCAGUCAAAAGGGCGUCAAGGGAUUACCUUUGCAUUUGCAAAUCGACACGUAUGAGGAACCACCAACUCACACUCACGUUUACACGCCACCAAAUCAUCGGGGUUACUGCCAAAUCAAAGUGUUCUGCGAUAAGGGAGCCGAGAGGAAAACACGCGACGAAGAGAGGAGAGCGGCAAAGAGAAAGAUGACAGCAACGGGACGUAAAAAGUUGGAUGAGCUUUACCAUUCCGUCACAGAGAGAAGCGAAUUCUAUACAAUGGCAGAUCUACAUAAACCACCGGUACUUUUUUCACCGCCGGCCGAACACACUAUAGACAAGUUCUCAACGAUGGAAUUGUCGGGCUUCUACGGGGGAGGCGGCGGUGGAGCGGGUGGCGGAGGAGGAGGAGGAGGCGGCGGCGGCGGCGAGACGGACAGCUCAAGUUUGAGUAACGGCGAAGUCGGUGGCUUGAAAGGUGCAAGUAGCCCCUACGCACCAAGUCGUGCCACUUUACCCGCGCUCAAGUUCCACAAUCACUUUCCUCCCGACCCGAAUUUGACGCACUCAAUACACGACAAGAAGGACGCUCUUUUGAUGCAGGUGCAGGAGCUACAAGGCUCGGUGCUGCAGAGCGUGCAACCUCAAAUAUUGACGAGCUCGCAACUUGUCGCUGCCGCCAAUGCUGGCGGCACGCUUGGCAAUAGGUUGCAUAUGCAACCGCACAUGCGCGGCACCGACGCCGAAGAUCGGGUCAUGCUCUAUGUCAGGCAAGAGUCGGAGGAUGUCUACACGCCGUUACACGUCACGCCACCGUCCGUUCAAGGACUCCUCAAUGCCAUUGAGUCAAAGUACAAAAUUGCAUCUUCGAGUAUUAAUAACCUCUAUCGAAAAAACACUAAAGGAAUUACAGCGAAAAUUGACGACGACAUGAUCCGCUAUUACGUUGACGAGGAUCUUUUCCUGUUGGAAGUAACGCAUUCGCGAUUAUCAGCGGAACAACAACAAGAGCGUACUGGUCGCAAUGGCGGAUCGCCAUCCGACCCAACUGAUACGCUAGAGGCCGCGGGUUACGACGUGACUCUUAUCGAGUUGCCGAUCAACUCUCAACAAACUAUGACGUCUACCUCGCCCCACCAUACGCAAGUUUUACAGCAUCACGUAGCCACAACGUGAGCAGCAGCCUACUUGACGUUACACUUACCGAUUUAUUUGGCCAAUUGACAAGAGGAAUAACAAUGACAAAUAUAUUAUUACGAAUUAGUCGAGCAAUUUGAGUGUUUCAUGUUGACCUAGAGCGUUUUGCUAAUGAAAUCGAUCCUCCGUUCAUGAGCUUUUGAAUUGAUCGUGAGAGCUUGCAAUUACCUGAGAGGCGUAUUUGUUAAUCUGACAAGACUACAGCAACGUCACAACUUUCCGUUAUGACUAAGAAGACCAUUUCUUUUUUGAUUUAUGGUACCGUGUUUAUUUUGUUAACAUAACAUUAUUAUUAUUAAUAUUAUUAUUAAGAUUAUUAUUAUAAAUAUAAUUCAAGUCUCAAAGGCUCUGUACAGCCUUAGAAUCAAUCAAAAUGUCUUAUAUGACUGCGUAAUUAUUUCAAUUAUUUCUUUGUAUGUUUAUGUUGUAUGUUUUAUUAUGGUUAUGCUAUUAUGCGCGUUCAAUGUGUGAGUAAUCACCCUGGAUGGUUCGUACAAUAUUCAUCUUUAUUAUACUUACAUAUACACCUGCAGGGCAUAUUACUCAAAUGCGCUAAUUAAAAAGCAGUCAAAACGCAGAUUUAUUGCUACUUUUAUAACGCCGCGUGCACUAUUUAGAAACAAAAAUAAACGUUAUUCGCGGCGUUGUGACUUAUAAACAUAGUGAGAUACGUUCACUUAAGUUUAGACGUGGUUAUGCAAAUAAAAUUGUUUUUUCUUUCUUUUUUUCGUAGGAGCGCAUUGCUUCUGAGUGUAACUCGAAGUUAUAACGCAACGCGUGCAAUUUUUGAAACGCUGCUUUGGAAAUAUUGCUUUUCUCUUUCAUUCUCGAUGUAUGCUUUUCUUUACUUGAAACAAUAAUUAAAAUGCACAUCGUGCCCGAGACCAUUUUGUUAAUAUUUUCUUGCAAUCGCGACACUUGUUAAAUACGGUUGUCAUCACAACCACCAUUUUUUUCGUUCAUGCUUUACGAAAGCAUGUAUCAAAGCAACGAUCAAAAUAAUGCUUGUGAAAUGCAAAUUAUUUUAUUGAGUACUAUAUCUUGUUACAUUUAUUAUAGUUUUUAAUAUUAUGAUAUUGAGUAUAUGAAUUUGAAGAAGAAAGAAAUUGCGUAAGAGCGAAUAUUGUUAUCUACUUUAUGUACUUGCGAAACUAUGAAAGAGUGUUAAAAAAAAAAUAAAUACUAAGCAUGCAUGCGCGAAUGAAAUUAGACAUUUAGCCACAAUAUUGCAUGAAUGAGCGAAUUUAGAUUGUUUACGUUGAUCCAUGACAGUUUUUUACGUAUGCCAUGUAGAACUUCUCAUUAAACUUUUUAUCUUCUACUUCUAUCGCUAUCGAUUGUCAAUAAAGAAAGGUCGUUCUUCGACAAGAGGGAAUGCAGCUACUGGCCACCUUGAAUGAGGCAUUAUAAGGGUCAGAAAAGGCGCUAUUUCUGUACGCGUAUCAAUUGUAAACAAAGUCUUUGAUAGUUUUUCAUACCGAAGAACAUCAAGUUUUAUAACCUUUAUCGUAAUCGAGAUAAUUUUUUACGUGCAUACGAAGCUAUCGAACAUCUCAUGUUUAACUAAUUAACUGGAGAUUAUGAAAUCAUCAAGUUUAUUGAAUUGGCUUCCACAGACUCAUAAUUGCCUCGAGCGUUUUUACAUUGUCGCAAAGUAUGUACUCUGCAUCAGGGAUGAGCGAAAGGAAGAAAGAUAUGUACAUUAGUUUGUUGUUACAUUGCGUACUUAAACCGAUCUCGAAGAGAACCAUAAUGAUUGUAUUGUAUAUUUCGGCUCUUGGAGUAUAAGCUUUAACGAUAAAGGGAAACAAUUACAUUUUGUAAAAAUAAAGAUUAUUGUAAAAACAAAAUUUAUUGUAUAUUGACGAGCUGCGAAAAUGCAAUGUCCCAAGUCUGAACUUUGAGGAGAAUAAAGGCCGGAAAUCACAAAUUACUCCUCGUCAAAUGUUUUUUUUUCUUUUUUUAACGUCGUCCUUGCGAUUUUAUCAUUUCUAGGUCUGUUUGUAUAUUGUUACAAUCAUUGUAAGUGCAUGAUACGCACAAUUGGUUCUUUUAAUGCUUCCCUAUCGAAAUAUCAGUUUUUCCCGAUGAUCUUCUUGGAGUUGCAUAAAAAGAAGAAAAUUCAUAUGCUCGUCGGCAUUUUGUUACAUCUUAUAUAUUCUGUUAGAAAAUAUUGUGCAUAUUUUGAUACACGGAAGUCAUGAGAAAAUUUUGUGUCAAAUGUUACAUCGCGCGACGUCUUGCCAUCGUGCUGAGAUUGUGCCAGAGGUGAUAUUAUAUUAUUACAAUGUUUAUCAAAACAA